AUUCAUAUAUAUGUAAAUAUAAAUAAAUAUUGAAUAGCACAGCUGACUUACAUUGUAUGUUUGUUGUUACGUAUGCGCCGGUCAAAGCGAGUUUAAGUCUAAAAAAAAUCAAAAUAAAUUAGUGUCGAAUCGGCGGGUUGAGUGCGUGUGCGCAUGCGUAGCCCUGUUUUACUACUCUGCUCUGCAUUUUUACUAGCGACGUGGUCAAGUGCGUGAAGUGCAACGUGGAAUGAGCAGACAGUCUGAUACACAGAUAAUCGAACUCAUCGCCUCUUUCUUCAAUAUUUUUACAUAGCAACCACCAUUUAGACUAUGUAUGAAUAGUCUAUUUACUACACAGAACGGAGCCCACCUGAACAUAUUCUCACACACAUCAAACAUACUCGCUUACCCGCUAGGAACAACAAAGCAUACCUAAGCAACAACUGCCACGCUAUAAAAAGUGAUACUAUAUAAAUUAGAAAAAUAUGUAUUUUAGUUUUAUAAUGCCGUCGCCGUUCGUCUGCUAUGCAGCGCGUAGAAGAUGAUCGAAGCCUUUGCCAAUAAUUUAAGUAGUCAUUUGGGUCGACAUUUAUUCUACUGGGCAGCGUCCCAACCGGAAGUGAACGGUCUCAAUCUGCGUUUCACCGAGCUUAUCAACAAAUUCCACGGUCCACUUGAACGUGGCGUUCAGGUGUUGGACCAUCUCCUAACACUCGAGGAGGAAGACUUCAAUGGUCAUUGGGGUAGCGCGUAUAGGCACAGCUAUGAGCCUGAAUAUGCGAGUAGCAACGAUGGCAAUCAGGAAGUACUUGAGCAACAGCAGCAACAGCAAACGGCGAGUAAUCGUGAAAUACUGUCAACAGCGGCGGCAACAACAACGACGACAGCAGCUAGAGUGUUAGCAGUGAAUAGUGGAAAUAGUGUAACAAAUGCAAACAAUGUAAAUAAUAACCGCAUCACCUCCUCCUCCGCGACAAGUCCAAAUAUGGAAACCUUGAACAAUGGUAAUGGUCUAUUGUUAUCACCGCCACACAACAAUUCAGCAAAUAAUCACCAUCAACAACGCAACGGUAUGGCUUUAGCAGGCGCCGCAGCAGGAGCGAGUGGCGGAGGAAGCAGCGCAAGCGGUGGUUCUACAAGCGGUAGCGGUACAACGGGCAGCGGCGAGCAUAAUAUACAAAUAACGCAACCCAUCAGUGCACCUUCGUCGCCACUUGCGUCUCCGGGUGCUAUUAGCAGCUCGGCACUCUUUUGUUUGCCAUCAAGUUCGACGGGCGCUAGUAGUAGCAGCAGCAGCGGCGGUGGCGGCGGCAGUGGUAGUGGUUCGUAUGUUUGUGCAGCCGGCGGAUCGAAUCAAUCCAACAAUUCAGCGGCAAAUGCGAUCGAUACAGCUGAUCCCAAUUGGCAAGCGACCAAAGCGACAGUGCUGGAGCGUAAUGCGGCAAUGUUUAACAAUGAGUUGAUGUCAGAUGUGAAAUUUGUUGUGGGUGGAGAAUUCGCAGAUUGCGUGCAAACAAUACCGGCGCACAAAUAUAUCUUGGCCACAGGUAGCUCGGUGUUCUACGCUAUGUUUUAUGGUGGACUGGCUGAGAAUAAACAAGAAAUCAAAGUGCCUGAUGUGGAGCCAUCAGCUUUUUUAACGCUAUUAAGAUACCUAUAUUGUGAUGAGAUUCAAUUGGAACCUGAUAACAUUUUGGCCACAUUGUACGCGGCCAAGAAGUAUAUUGUGCCACAUUUAGCACGCGCCUGCGUCAAUUAUUUAGAAGUCAAACUGACGGCAAAAAACGCCUGUCUACUUCUCAGUCAAUCUCGUCUAUUCGAAGAGCCCGAGUUGAUGCAGCGUUGCUGGGAAGUAAUCGAUGCACAAGCCGAAAUGGCGAUUAAAUCAGAAGACUUUGUCGACAUCGACCUAAAGACAUUCGAGUCGAUAUUGUCGCGUGAGACGCUCAACUGCAAGGAGAUUCAUCUCUUUGAGGCAGCGCUCAAUUGGGCUCUGAAUGCUUGCCAGAAGAUGGGCGUUGAUGUGACACCACAGAAUAAACGCAGCAUGCUCGGUCAGGCAUUACAUUUGAUACGCAUACCAACAAUGACGUUGGAGGAGUUUGCGAAUGGCGUUGCCCAAACAGGCAUACUCACAUCACAAGAGACUAUUGAUACAUUUUUGCAUUUUACCGCACAAUCAAAACCGCAUUUAAGUUUUCCAACACGCGCACGUGCAGGCCUAAAAACACAAGUAUGCCAUCGUUUCCAAUCGUGUGCUUAUCGUUCGAAUCAAUGGCGUUACCGUGGACGUUGCGACUCCAUACAGUUUUCAGUGGAUCGCAGAAUUUUCAUUGUUGGUUUCGGUCUGUAUGGUUCCUCCACCGGUGCUGCUAAUUACAAUGUGAAAAUCGAAUUAAAACGACUCGGUCGUACACUCGCCGAAAACGACACCAAAUUCUUCUCUGAUGGCUCAAGCAAUACAUUUCAUGUUUUCUUUGAGAAUCCCAUACAGAUUGAACCCGAGUGUUACUACACUGCCUCCGUCAUACUGGAUGGCAAUGAAUUGAGCUUCUUCGGUCAGGAGGGCAUGUCGGAGGUGUGCAUGGGCAAUGUAACAUUCCAGUUUCAAUGUUCAUCGGAGAGCACAAACGGCACUGGCGUGCAGGGUGGUCAAAUACCAGAACUGAUAUUUUACGGACCAACCACAGUGACGGCACUAAGCUCGCCAACAAAUUCUCUGUGUGCUACACCAAUCGGUGCAGGGAGCGGUGGUGGCGCAGGUGGCGGUGUAUCGAAUGGCGGUAGCGGCGGCUUACAUGUAAAUUGUGAUGACUUAUUGGGUAGCGGAAGCAGUGAUGUCGGUGGUAGCGGUAGUGGCGCAUUAAGCGCAUGAGUUGCCUUGGAGUGUGGCAAACGGGGUGUUGAGUUAGAAUUCUAGUGAGAAAUAUGAAUAGAACAAAUAAUGGCAAUCUAUGGUUUUUCAAUGAGAAUUUUACAAAGAAUAACUAUAUUGAUUAGUAGUUUGUAGUAGGAAGUGAGCGAGCGGACAACCAAAUAAAAUUAAAUACAGGCAAUAUUUACAAAUAAACACAAAAAUGAUGAGUCAUUGCUAGGAAAUCGGUUUAUGUAAUUAUUAAGGUUAAAUAUUUAUAUGAGUUGUAAUUCGAUUUAAAAUCUAAAAAACGUUUGAUAAGGCACUUCCUUUGUUUAUUGGAAGUUAGCAAGGGGACAAGGCAAUCAAAUUUGGUAAAACAAAUUCUAAAGGCAAAAAAAAAAAAAAAAAAAAAAAAACGCUAAACAACUUACAUUUAUAUUAUGAAACAAAUAAUAUGGCAUGCGAUUUUGAAAGACUUGUAGAAUGUAGAAUUAAAAAAAAAACAAAAACCGUUAACAAUAACCUGGGAAAUAAUGUAAACAAAAAAGCAAUUGCAUAUUACAUACGUACAUAUAUAAACAAGUCAUGAAAAUUAAAAUAAAAGGACAGGAAGGAUUUUUACAUAAAACAGAAAUUAUGUAUUUAUCAAGAGUCAUGUCAUUGUUAAACUUUUGCCUACAUAUUAACACUCAAAAACACACUUUCAUAUACAAUUACAUACAUACAUUUAUACAUAUAUAUAUACACACAAAAGUGCAUAAAAAGCAUAUUAGUAAUUCUUUCACUAGUUUUUUCAUAAACCCGAAACAAAAGUUAAAAAAUACAAAGCAUACUUAACUAACAUACUAUAUACAUUCAUAUAUAUACAUAAAUAUUUGAAAAAGUUUUUGCGAAAAUAUAACGUGUACUUUAGUAUAAUGAGUUGCGUACGCGAGUAAUUACGAGUUUCAUUAGUAAUGCAAUACAUUUAUAAUGAUGAUAUAUUACAUAUAUAUGACCCAAAGAAAUAAAAACGUUUGCACAUCCCAGUCGAAUUAUAAUAAUUAGCAUUCACGUAGAGUUUUAGCGUUUGUCUUACGCCCAAAUAGCGCGUAUGCACACAUAAACAUAAUAAUCAUUAUGAAUAUUGGAAUAUUGUAUGCUUUUUAAUAUCAUAAUUACCAACAAAUUUGCAAUUUCAUUUAGCAUUUUAAAGUCUUGCAUUUAUACCGCAUUAUAUACCGACACUCGUGUUUUUUCAUUCAUCGUUUUGUUACGCUUUUAUUAAGCAUUAAAUUGGAAAUGGCCAGUCAAGAGAUAAUGCAACACCCAAUCGAAAUAAAUAUAUAUAUUAUGUUACAACUGCUAUUUGCUUAAAUCAUAUGCAAUUUUAUACUAUUUACGCUUUGAAUUAUAUUAUAUUACAAGCUAUACUUUUUUAUAUUAAAAUUCGUGCAAAGGUUGUUCCUUUUGAAGUUUUAUUAAUACUGAAAUAUUUUGAACUUUUUUUAAUCUCAUUCAAUCUGUCGAUAUUAUCCAUCGUAUAAUAUUUAAUAAAGAUCUUUAAAGACUUUUGAAUUACCUUUAAA